GCACGAACAUGUCAAAUGCUUUAUUUUGUGAACUUAUUUCAGUAAGAAUGUUCGAAAAAUGUAUUUAUAAAAAUGUCGUUCUUUCUAAAGGGAAAUGUACAAUUUGUUAACAAUAUAUUAUCAGUUUUUAUUUUACGAUUGUGUACAAUAAUAAUAAAAGUGCCCAUGUCGAGCAAUGGCUGUCUGUAAAUGGCCGUGUGAGACAUCUGUCAAAUUCGUGAUGAUAUGACGGGCAAUUUCAAUUAGUUAUUUCUGUUUAACCAAGUGAAUACGUUAAUAUUUUAUAAACCUACAGUUUUAAUUCGAAUCUCUUCUAAGUGAUAUUACAAUGUCUGGUGAAUCUGACAUGGAUUACUCUGAUGAGUGUGAUGAGUAUGGAGAUUAUUAUAAAACGGGGGAUGAAGACUGCGAUAUAGAACAAAUAGAUCCUAGUAAAACAGAUCCGGAGUAUUUUGUUUAUGAAUGCUUAAAUGUCGAAGCCGUCGAGAAAUUGCUAAAUGAAUCCGUUGAAACUUUGAGCAAUCGUUUGGAUAUUACUCCAUCCAUAGCUAAGGUGUUGCUGAAUACUCAUGGUUGGCAUACGCAAGACAUUAUUUCAAAAUAUCGUGAUAAUUCUUCAUGUUUGCAUGUCAGGGCUGAGCCACCAAGAGUGCCUCCAAUAUCUUCAAAUAAUUUGUGUUGUCCUGUAUGCGUAGCUGUUUUAAAUUAUGAUCGAUUUGCUGCUCUGUCUUGUGGACAUUUCUUUUGUAAAGAUUGCUGGGGAAUGCACUUUGAAAUUCAAAUAAUGCAAGGUAUUUCUACUGGGAUAAGUUGUAUGGCACAAAAUUGUGCUAUGCUUGCACCUGAAGAUUUCAUUUUAAAUUUGAUAACCAGACCGGCUUUGCGAGAUAAAUAUCAGCAAUUUACAUUUCAAGAUUAUGUAAAGUCACAUCCUCAACUAAGAUUUUGUCCUGGGCCUAAUUGUCAAAUUGUUAUCUGGUCAAAGGAGCCUUUAGCUAAACGAGCCGUGUGUUCUUCUUGUAAAACGUCAUUCUGUUUUGGUUGCGGUACUGACUAUCAUGCUCCUACUGACUGCCAAGUGAUAAGGCGUUGGUUAACAAAAUGUGCAGAUGAUAGUGAAACAGCCAAUUACAUAAGUGCCCAUACUAAGGAUUGUCCUAAAUGCCAUAUAUGCAUAGAGAAAAAUGGUGGAUGUAAUCAUAUGCAAUGCUCGAAUUGUAAGCAUGAUUUUUGUUGGAUGUGCUUAGGAGACUGGAAGGCACAUGGUUCUGAAUAUUAUGAAUGCUCUCGAUAUAAAGAAAAUCCUAAUAUUGCGCAUGAAUCAGUUAAUGCACAAGCAAGAGAAGCAUUGAAAAAAUACUUGCAUUAUUAUGAACGUUGGGAGAAUCAUAGCAAAAGUUUAAAAUUAGAGGAACAAACAUUAGAAAAAAUUAAAAAUCGCAUUAAUCAAAAAGUAAUGGAUUCUUUAGGUACAUGGAUUGAUUGGCAAUACUUGUUUGAAGCUGCUACACUACUAGCUAAAUGUCGGUAUACUCUUCAGUAUACAUAUCCAUAUGCUUAUUUCAUGGAAGGGCCAAGGAAAGAGUUAUUCGAGUACCAACAGGCUCAGUUAGAAGCAGAAAUUGAAAAUUUGUCAUGGAAAGUAGAGCGAGCUGAAACAACUGAUAGAGGUGAUUUAGAAAAUCAAAUGGAUAUUGCCGAGAAAAGACGAACCACUUUGUUGAAGGAUUUUCUUGAUGGCAGAAGUAAAUAGUAUUUUUCAACAGACUAUUGGAACUAAGUGUUAUGUAUUUGUCUGUAAAUGUUUAAGUCAUAUAUAUGUUAUUAAUAGGGGUAUUGAAUAUUUAUUAUGAUUUUCUUUACAUAUAUAGACAUUUUUUAAUGUAUGAUGCAGUAUUCCUGUAAUUUAGGUUUUGUUAUAAGAAUGGCAGCAUAGUUUUAUGCAACUUAUGGUGUAUUGAACAAAUGAAAGAAUAAUAUUAAUUUAUGAAACAAAUGCACCUCUCAUUGUACGCAUCUUCUUGUGACUCAAUAGGGCUAAAUAAUAUGAAGUAAAAUAAAUUGAAGUACUAAAUACUGUGAUUAUAACAAAAUGACAAAAUUAUUCUCAUUAUCUGAUUGUAUAGUCAAAUCCCAUUUAAACAAGUAGAUCAAAAAAUGGUCAUUUGUUAUUUCUUUUAUAAAGAACUGCAACAAUUAUUUAUUUUAUAUAGCAUAAAUACUGCAUAAAUUACUUAUUAGUAUUAAAAUAUAUCAAACGAAAUGAAUCAUGUAUAAUUGCAUGGCAGUGUCUUCAUUGUUAGUGAUAACA